CUCUCUCGCACGCACUUGUACACACACUGCUUGCCUGGUUUCGUUAGUUCAGCCUCACUCUGGGACGCGCUGGGGGAUCCGAUGACGUCAGCGGCCAAGCUGCUUUUUUUCUAUUCUGGGAAGUGCCAGGAAUAACCCUCUCUGUCUACUGAUCACAGACUCCCUCUGAGCUCCGGCUUCUCCAAAACUUCGCAACGGGAGAAAUUCACUGACAGGUUUCCUCCCGCAGGUGACCGGGAGCGGAGUGUUUUCCAUAUGGGGGGUGGGUGGGGGGAAGUUAUUUUUGUUUUUGGUUAAAGUUGUCAUUUAAGUUUUUAAAUCGCUCUUGGCUGCCUUGUUUUGUCAAGUUCAGAAGUGAACAGCUGGAGUUGAGCUUUCACGAAAAGGUUGACAUUUCUCUAUUUGGAUAGUUGACCGCGUAUGGUUGCAAGCAACACGGAUCUGUGAGGUGAUGCUGGACUGUGAUUAGUUUAGGACUGCCAAGAGAGGGGCCGUGCAGUGCACAGAGGUAAAUUUCAAGAGUGAAGACUGAACCACAGUAGCACAGCAUUCAUCUUCUACCAAAUACAGUCCCAAUAAUAAUUCAGUACUUGCUGAACCCAAGGAGGUGAAAACCCUUCAAGAAAGAGAUCACCUGAUCUUAAUGAGCUUAUUAUUCAAGAUUGUACUCAAAGCGGUGGAUGUCAACAACACAAUAAAAGGAAUAAGCUUUAAAACAACAAGAUUUACUUAUGUACUGCUUUGCAGUGACUAAUAUCUGUUUGAUGUAAAGUACCAGCAAUGAGAAGAGCUGAUUAGUUUACAGAGGGAUCUGAAGCACAGAACAUUUAAAAUAAUAUAGAAGAACUUCUGGGCAACCACAAGGAAUGAAAAAAUGGGAAUGGAAGAAUCGGGAGUUUAAAAGCACAACAGUGGGCACACUCAUUGUGUCUGCUGACUUCAGAGCAACCUAACUCUUCAUACCUUUGCAAAUUUCUACAAAAAAUAAUAUGGAGCCGAGUGAAUCUGCUACAGGUCAAAAAAGUACAAAGGAGCCAAGAGAAAGGAAUCAGUUGCACAGAAAAUGGGGUUCAGAACCCACGGCAGGUACAAGAAGAAGCACUUUUGCAGAUCCAGAGGGGAAGAGGCACUCGCACUGUGAUGCAGUGCAAAGCAGCAGUUCUGGGUCAGCACAAAAGUAUGGUUCUGGGAAACUGCAAAUAUCAACCGCAGUGGGCCAGCAGCCUCAGGAAAAGCAGUAUCCACAGCAUUUCCCAAGCACUUACUCAUACCCGCUCCCUCAUUCUUUUUCACAGCAGUCUAUACCACAGACAUUCCUACAGAAUGCAAAAUCACAGCCCAGCCUGGAAGCACAUGCUUGGCAGUUUGCUAAUCAGUUACAGUCUGUUGCCUCAGAGGACUUGUUUUCCAUGCAUGCUCAUACCCAUGGGGGAGUCUUCCCACGAAGGAAAUCUCCUAGUUUACCUGCUGCUUAUAGCCAGUAUUCCCAGUCAGGGAUGGAGCAACCAGAAGAAAUAUACAAGAAAGAGCAAAAAUCUAAGAAACCUGGCAAAUAUAUCUGUCACUAUUGUGGAAGGGCUUGCGCCAAACCUAGUGUACUGAAAAAACACAUUAGGUCGCACACUGGUGAACGGCCCUACCCUUGUGUUCCAUGUGGGUUUUCUUUUAAAACAAAGAGCAACUUGUAUAAGCAUAGAAAGUCUCAUGCCCAUGCCAUUAAAGCAGGACUAGUUCCUUUCUCAGAUCUCGUAUCUGCCCGUUCUGAUAUGGAACAAGCCUCCUCUUUUGGAGAAGCAGAGGUACAUUCAGAUGGUGAGCAAAGCACGGACACCGAGGAAGAGACUGCUUUAAGUGCUGAAAGCAGCCCUAUACCCCAAAUUUCUUUUAAAGUGGAUAAAAGCACAGUGGAAAAAAGCGGUGAACUGACCUAUGUGGAUACGACUGAAGAACUGGCAGUGGCCGCUAUGAAAGUGCCUAUUCUGAUAGUCCCGAAAAGUGGAAUUCAGCCAUCCAGCGAAUGUUCACAAUUAUCUGAAAUAGAGGCAUCUCAAAACCCUGCUCUUGUUUGUAGAGAUGAAUCUCACACCAUUAAACAAAGACUUGCAAUGAGACUCAGUGAAAAGAAAGGACAGGAUUCAGAGCAAUCUUUAAACCUCUUGAGUCCUCACAGUAAAGGCAGUACAGACUCAGGCUACUUUUCCCGUUCAGAAAGUGCAGAGCAGCAAAUCAGUCCACCGAAUACGAAUGCUAAGUCCUAUGAAGAAAUAAUGUUUGGAAAAUAUUACAGACUGAAUCCCAGGACUGCAAUGACAGUAGGGAUGGCAGUUGAAGGCCAAGACACAAAUGUAAUGGACAUAAAAGAAAAGUCUGGAGAUGCUACUUCUAAAUUUGGAAUAACCAAGAUAAUUGAGGAUCACAUAUCGCAGCUUAUCACAGACAAUGAAACAGUGGUUGAUCCCAGUAAACAGAGUAACAUCAAACUCAACCCAUUUUCAAGGGGAGAGAGUUCAGAAUCGCAGAUGCUAACAGGUCUUGAUGCUAAACAGUAUCCCGCAGGCUCUUGUCAAAGUAAACUUUUGGAACCACUCUCUGAUACUGGGCCACUUGUAAGAAGCAAUUCAAUGCCAACAACCCCAGCAUCAAAUCUUAAUAUCCCACAGGGUGUAAGAGGAAGCCACUCAUUUGAUGAAAGAAUAGCCUCUGAUGAUGUCUUUUAUCCUGGUACUGCAGGCUUGCCACACCGAAGCAUGCUGAGAAGACAGGCUGCUUUUGAACUGUCUUCAGCACACGAGGGUCACUCAGAAUCUGAGAAUUAUGGAAAUAUCUCCAAAAAUAUUGUUCCACCUUCUGUAAGAGUGAAACAGGGUGAAAUCAACCCAGUUGUGUUAGAUAAUAAAGUACAGAUAGGGGAGAGGAGCUUGUUCGAAUGUGAACUAUGUGGGGCAAGUUACAGAAGAUGGGAAGAAUUACAGACUCAUAAAAAACUUCCAUGCCCAGAAAUGUAUGUCAAAUAUCGUGCUUUUGGCCUUAAAGUGGGAACAGAGUCUUAUGCUGAAAUUUUCACCCAGACCCAACUAAUGCAACACAGACAGGCCACAGAAACUGCAACGAGAAAGCGAAGAAAGGAAAAGAGCGUUGGGGAUGAUGAAGACCUCCCUGGCCAAUAUAGCAGUAAUCAUGGGACUUCCGUAGAGAUGCUGGUGUCAACAGGAGAUUAUGACUCAAAACUUGUAAAUCUUGAAGCUAUAAGGGCUUCACCCUGUGUAAAAGCUCACCAUUUUAGUGUACACAGUCAAUCAGACAGUUUUGAAACUGGUGGCACUCUUCUGACUUCUGGUAGCAUUACACCUGAAGAGGUGGUACUUGUUCCAGACUUUGAAAAGGAAGCCAGUAAUAGAAAGACUAGUGGUAAUGUAAUUUCUGUCAUCCAACACACAAACUCAUUAAGCAGGCCUAGCUCUUUUGAAAAGUCUGAAUCAAUUGAGCAUGUGUCAUACCAGCAGGAUAAACCUCUCCCACAACUCCCAAAUCUCUCACAUGACCAGUCAGAUUCAGAAAACAUAGAGGAAGUGCACAGCCCAGAGACUGCUCAGCAAGAAAGCAUGGAACAGCAGCAACAUGAUGAGAGAUCAUCCUCACUGCCUCAGAGCCACCAACAAUAUCAUAUGCCACCAAGGCUGGUACGACAACCCAACAUUCAAGUGCCUGAAAUUCGAGUGACAGAGGAGCCUGACAAACCAGAGAAAGAGCCUGUGAUUCAGAUUAAAGAACCAGAGAAACCAGUAGAGGAGUUUCAGUGGCCUCAAAGAAGUGAAACUCUUUCGCAGCUUCCAGCAGAGAAACUGCCUCCGAAAAAGAAGCGCCUGCGUCUGGCUGACAUGGAUCAUUCCUCAGGGGAAUCCAGCUUUGAAUCAAACUGCACCAGCCUUUCCAGGAGCCCUAGCCAAGAAAGUAAUCUGUCUCAUAGCUCUAGUUUCUCAAUGUCAUUUGACAGGGAAGAAAACAUUAAGUCAAUUUCCCCAACCAAACAGGAUGAGUUUGGAAAACAGUCUGAGUUCUUAACUGUGCCAGGCAGUGCACACUCCCUUGCUAUUCCUAGUCAGCACCAGCAGAGGGAGAUGCGUCGCUCAUCUUCAGAGCAAGCGCCUUGUCCACUGCCCACAGAAAUCCCAGAAGUUCGCAGCAAGUCUUUUGACUAUGGAUAUCUUUCAACUGCAUCCACUCCAGGUGAUUCCUAUACUAGCUCUUCUGUGAGGGAGAGGAGGAGGGGUUUCCUGGUACGACAGGCAUCUUUAAGUGUAUAUCCUGAAGGUGCUGUGCAAGAUCAAGUCAUAGAUCAGAGCAUAAAGCAAGAACAUGCUGAGCAGUUACAAGGUGGGCAUCAUUCACUACAUAGUGUUUGGCACGGCUCACUUUCGCCAGGGCUUCACUCUGGGCCUGUAGGAGAUUCAGCAAGAUCUAAGCGAGGAAUGCCACCAAACCCUGGUCUACGUCACGCACUACAGCUUAGCAUGAGUGAAGAAACUCAAAAGGAGGGACACUCGCUAAUCCAUAAAACUACUUACCUUCCCAGUCAACAUCUGACAGAGAAUGACCCGCAGGCACAAGAAAUGAUGCAAUACCCGUCGUUUCACAACAGUUUGCCCCCAUUUCCUGCUUCACCGCUUCAACAAGCUUUAUUCUGGCAAUCACAUCCAAGGUCCUCACAGAGGUUUAUACAACAGCACCUUGCCUUCCAAGCUCAACAGCUGCAGAAAUUACAGAUCAGGCAACCUAAUCUUCAACCACUGCACCACAAAUCACAUUCUACUCACCAACUGCAACAGAUUCAAGAACAAGUAGAUACAAAAGCCCUUGACAGUGUAAGUGAUCAAAAAUACCAAUAUGUUUCUCGCGCAUCUCAGCAACAUCUGGGGCAUCAACCAGUAAAGGCAUCCUCAACAAGUUCAGCUUUGUUGCAGCAAGUACAGCCGAUCUUUGCCACUCAGAAUGCAGGUCCCCAAACCUCACUCCCAGGGAUGUUAGUUCCUGUAAGAAUACAGACCCAUGUGCCAUCUUAUGGUAGUGUCAUGUACACAAAUGUUUCACAGAUUCUGGUCACCCAUGCCCAGAGCACCAGCUCCAAAGUGGUGAUUUGUAAGGUCAGUGAUAAUGCUUCCCAAGGCACCUUUUCAAACAAUAGUGCAAUGCAAGGAAUAGGACUUCAUUUAUCUCAAAUAUUAGGUCAUCCUGAAGGACUGCUUCGAUAUCCACUCUGGAAAGUUCCCCAACCUCUUCCAGGCAGAUUAGAUUCAGGAAUUCCUCUUUGUUUGACCUCUGGAAGCAUUUCAACUACAGAUGCUUCUUCCAACAUUGGAGGAAGCAAGCGCAUGCUGUCACCAGCAAGCAGUUUAGAACUCAUCAUGGAAACUAAGCAGCAGAAACGUGUCAAGGAGGAAAAGAUGUAUGGGCAGAUUGUGGAGGAACUAAGUGCAGUGGAGCUCAGCAAUUCAAAUGUGACACAAGAUAAUUCCAAGUCUCAAAAACCUGAGCUUGUAAGACACAAAGAUACAGUUGAAUUUAAGGAAGUAAUGUCUUCGCCAUCUAACCAGCAAAUACCAAUCAACACACCUGAUGGGAGAGAGUCACCAGAAGAGCUAGAUGUUGAUGAUGCCAUACCAGAGAUCAGUUCAAGUCCACAGUCAUUUUCUUCAACGAGUGAUAUCCAGGAGGACACCCAGUUAAAACAGAAAAGCAAGAUCCCCAUUAAUAUGAUGGUGCAGCUGGCUGCUAACCAAGGUGGGGCAGUUGUUGGAAGUACAAUUUUACUGACAGAUGUUACCGAUGCCCAGCAGUUUUUUCAGUUUCCCAGUCUUCGCACAACCACAAGUGUUAGCUGGUGCUUUCUGAAUUAUACCAAACCAAACCAUGCCCAGACCACUCCUAUAUCUUCUGUUUAUGCUUCUUGGUGCAUCAGUUCUUAUAAUCCAAAUCCACCAAAUUUGAGCACCAAGGCUAGCUUAGCCCUUUUAAGGUCCAAGCAACGACAGGAUACAGAAAAAUACACUAUGGCUGCAUUGUACCGACCAGGGACUAGCAAACUGGUAUCCUCGAUCACCUGGAAACAGAAGUUUGAUCAGGUGAAGCCAGAGCUUGCACAGUUGGAAGUGAAUAAAUUUGAAAAGAAGGUGAAAGUAAGUGGGUCACGGGAAAGAGAAAAGGGAGAAAAUCCUGGUGAGAAGGACGUAUCAACAAAGCAAAACGAGCCUACACGGAUAAAAAUCUUCGAAGGAGGGUACAAAUCCAAUGAGGACUAUGUUUAUGUCAGGGGACGAGGCAGAGGAAAGUACAUAUGUGAGGAGUGUGGAAUUCGCUGCAAGAAACCUAGCAUGCUGAAAAAACAUAUCCGCACACAUACUGACGUACGACCUUAUGUGUGCAAAUUCUGUAAUUUUGCCUUCAAAACAAAAGGAAACCUGACUAAACAUAUGAAGUCUAAGGCACAUAUGAAAAAAUGUCUUGAGCUGGGUGUAUCUGUGACAUCUGGGGAUGAUGUGGAAGCAGAUGAAGCUGAUAAUACUGAUGAUGCCCAAAGAGAAUCUGACAAGGUAGAAAUCUCCGAGGUUCUUGCGGAUCACCAAUUCUCCGAUGCCGACGACUCGGAAGGUGCUGAAGAAGAGGGAGAUGAAAUCGAUGAUGACGAUGAUGACGAUGACGAAUACGAUGGUGAUUCAACGCCUAAGACAAGAUCUAGAAGUACAAGCCCACAGCCAUAUAGAUUCUCCUCUCUGCCCGCAACGGCUGCAGCCACCUCACAGAACACACCGGAGAUGUUGGGAUCAACCAGCAAUCCUUCCCUCAUAAGCUACCUGGUUACCCUUCCUAGUAUUCAAGUCACACAGUUAAUGGCACCUAGUGAAAAGAGUGGAGAUGCACAGGUGACAGAAUACCAGAGGAGUUUCCAGAGUGCUUUUAGUGAGCCCUACAAGCACAGGUUAGAUGUGCCCAGUUCAAUGGAUGAGGACUACAUGCUGUCUCCAGAACACAGCUCAUCUUCUAGAGACCUGUCACCCUCUAGGCUGUCGUCACCGGGCUGUGAUUCUUCACCUCAUAGAGAAACUUCACCCACGUCAAGACGAUAUUUGUCACCAAGAAGGACUGCAUCACCCCGUGGACACUUGUCACCACGACGAGAUGCUUCCACCUUGAGGCACCUUUCACCAAAAAGGGAAGUGUCUUUCAGGAGGGAGCUGUCUCCAAGGAGAGACCUCUCCCCGAGAAGACAUUUGUCACCAGUCUCCUUGGGAAGGCCAAUGUCCCCAGGGAAGGACGUGUCCAGUAGGCGGGAACUGUCUCCUAGGAGUAGACAUAGAGCCAUGAUAAGAGCAGCAUCGCCAAGGAGGGGCUCCCACCACCACAACAUCUCCUGGUCACCGGGGCAGUACUUGCAGUCUGAAUUGGCCCCAUUGGGGCAAAGAAACAGAACACAGUCCGAGAUGGACACGACUGCAGGGAAGGAUAUGUAUCAAGCGCCUGAUCAUUUUGAAGGUCAACCAGGCAGCCACGAACCUCUCAAUUCUCCAUUGUUCCCUGGGGUUCAUCAAGGAUAUCUCUUUAGUCAUCUUCCUCUGCACUCCCAGCAGCAAAUACGUGUGCCAUUCCCCAUGAUUCCCAUUGGAGGUAUCCAGAUGGUCCAUUCGGUACCUUCUUCUGUGACUGGCUUAGUUAAUUCUUCAAGGCUGCCUUUACAGAAGAGUGCAUCUGAGGAUUCAAGCACCAGUGAAGUGUCAUACCUGAUUUCAGAAAGUAAUAUUAAGGGAUCUGGUGACUUUACAAAACAGGACAACCCUGUUUCCCCUCAGCUAGCGGCGUCAAUGAUUUCUGCAGGCCCGUUGAUCCCUUCACUGAAAGAAACGAGUUGGAAGACGAAUGAAAAAAUUGCAGAGAUCAUAGAAAAGGAAAAGCAGCAAGAAGAAAGCAUACAGACUUGUACAAAAGCCAUUGCUUCUCUUAGAAUUGCUUCGGAAGACAUUGCCCCCUCAGAAACUGUUAUGCCUUUGAAGGUUUUUGAUCACCAUCAAAAAACCUUAGAAAGUGCACAGCUUGGCAUUCAGCACUUUAGUGGAUCAGAGGACAGCCACGAGUUGGCCUGUGCUUCAGCCACCAAGCCUGACUCACACACUGAAAAGGACAACCUCAGUACAUCAAAAACUGCAUUAGCUCAUUCAGCUUUCUACAACAAAAGUGCCGAUGAAAGACAGUUAGGCCAACAAGGCCCGACAAAAUUGCCAACAAGCACAAAAAUAGGUAAAGAUUCGGAAAGAGCGGUCUUGGAAAAAGGCAAAUAUAAUUGAUACUGAAUACAAGUGGCAAAAAAGUAUUUAAAACAAGCAACUUUAUUAGAGUUUCCGUAGAGUUUAAAAGUAUAGCAUGCCUUUUAUAACUUGGUUUGCUAUUUUAAGGAUUUUAUUCUUAUUAAAAAUAAAUAUAUAAUGUUAAUUUAUACAGUACAUGAGCCUGACCAAAAUUGCUUAUGGACUUACUUUAUUGUCCAGUCUGGUACUUUUAAAUGUACAGAUGUUUGUGCCUUUUCUUUACUUUUUUGCUUAUAUUCUUAUAAGCACAUUAAGCCGGAAUUUGUAAAUAUUUAGAGUUUGUGUAUCUGCUUUGUAAUAAAUGUAAUUUCUUUUUGGACACUUGGGUCUGAAUGAUGUGAAGUAAAAUAGUAUCAAUACAUGUGAGGUUGCACUAAACAUAUUUUUAUAUGAGUGAAAAUUUUAUUGCUUUUGUGUACAGCAACAAUUCUAUAAUACUAAUAUUUAUUGUACUAUGUUUCAUAAAUUGUACAUUUUUUCUCAAUGUUGUGGAUGCCUUUUAUAUGUCAAGCAUGGGUUUUACUAUUGCCUAAUUAGAACAAAAUAUAUACUAAACUUGCAAUUUCAAUUAGAAUAUAUCUUAUUCAGCACUUAUGCAUUAGAUUGAUGACUGCAUAUGGUAGUUUAAUGCUUGUAACUUUUGUCUCCCGUUUGCUCCAUUCGCUACAACUAAGUGCUAGUUGUGAUUUAAAAAAAAAAAUAGUACUGUUAAGCAUUAAAUAAAACAAUAUGUACUGUUGUGCAUUUUUCAAAGCUUAAUGAAGUAUGAUAAAAUAUUAAAGGUAUUUUACCUCAUGCAAAUCAUGUUGCUCUACGUUUUUGAUUUAUUGAGUAGUUUGGGAAUACAUUCCAGCUGAUGUAAAUAUGUACAUUACAUACAAUAAUGUGUAAUUACUCAAUGGACAGUAUGUCAGUGGUCCCUGAAAUUAACUUAACUGUAUUGCAGUGUCUUUAAAAUUAAGGUAAAAAGCACACCCAAUUGUAAAAAAAAUGGUAACCUUUGUGAUGUUCAGUGGAAAAUAAACUAUUCUGUAAAACAUGGUUUGCAUAAUCAAUUACAGUACAAUAAAAAAAAAAGUUGUUGAUAAAAAUAAAUAAAACUACUAUAAUUUGCAA